AUGGCGCCACAUGUGCCACAUGUGCCAGUGGCCACCGACGAGGAGGACUGCCGUGAGGACCACGGUGGCUGCGAGGACAGUACGGGCCUCACUGGAGCAAGGACAAUCACCAGUCGUGCAUGCAGAGUGUGCAAAGUGUCCUGCCUGGUGCUUGGGCUGCUGGUGGUGGCGAUGCUGAUUUUGUUGGGCACCAGUGGACCACAGAGCUCUGGGCUCAAGGCCUGGAUCGUCAAAGCCUCCUCGGAUCUCUCGCUGGCCGCCGAGAGCCUCUCUCCGCCGGUCCCGGAGUUGGGCUCCACGGCCACCGCAGCACUGGAGCGCCGAGGGACGGCGACCGGGUUGUGCCGGAACGGGAAGUUCAAAAAUGCUCCCCGCAUCCGAAAGGAGUGGCGUGAGUUGACCAAGAGGGAACUCCGCGCCGUGCAGAACGCCUUUUGGCGGCUCAAGGGCUUCAGCCGCAGGAAGAGUGGCGGCAACGCGGCGGGCUACGCGCCGGAUUCGAACUGGGACACCACGGAGAAGGGCAUUGCGAAGUGCAAGGAACUCAAUCAAGGAGUUCGUAAGAGGGAUCAGAACCCCUACUGCGAGUACUUCACCAACUAUGAUGAGAUGGCAGCUUUGCAUGCUUGCUCCGUGAAGGAUCCACGAUGUGAUCAAGGCCACACUGGGCCGCACUUCAUGAACUUUCAUCGAAUGGUGAUCCUGAAGAUGGAGCUGGCCCUCAUGGCGGCCGACACGAACCGCCCCAUCCAGGUCACGGCCAUUCCCUACUGGGAUCAAUCCUUAGACUCCGAGGAUCCCAUCGGCAGGUACCGCAACGCCCCAGACAAGUACAUCUUCAGCGAGAACUACUUUGGAGACUUUUGGGGCAAACCGGAGAACGACUAUGCCGUGGUCAACGGCCUCUUUGCCGAGUGGCCCGUGGCCAUUUGGACCGAAGAAAGGUUUGGAUCGAAGAGCAAGUUGGCGAACCAGAGCAAGUGCAUCGCUUCUGAGUUCUUUAAGGGCACUGUGGCUACUGCUGAUGACUGUGGCGACGGCUACACCGCCACCCGCUGGUUUCGCGACCACGUGGAGUGCUCGGAGUACGUGGCACGCCAGCCAAACGACCCCAAUGGGCCCCAAGCCUAUGGACCACUGGGCGGCCAUUAUGGCAUCGUGUAUUCCAAAGAGGAAUUCGAGGCUUGCUCCACCUAUCCGGAGAACGUCCGGACCUGGAUGCAGUGGAAUACCUGUCAGGACCCGGGGCUCUUCUUCUGCGACGUGCCCCGUGAUGAGCUGCUGCUCCUCCCUGUGCGGGAUCAGCUCCGCGAUGCAAUUGUCCCAGCAUUGAAGGACAGGGUGACCAAAUCCAUCAAGGAGAUCGAAAAGGCCUUGAAGGGCGGUGACACUCCGUCGAUGCCCAUCGAAGACCCCGUGGAGACGGGCAAGCUGCUGAAGCGGCUGACGGUGGCGAACGCCUUGGCUGCUUUGCUUUGGACUUUGAGCACGAAUUUGGAGGCCAGUGCCGAUACUCAAGCUCUUUUGCAGGGCAUCGCCAAUAUUUGUGAUGAUCCCAUGGUCUAUGGAUACUUCACGAAGUUGAACGAGGAGCGAUCCUUCCCACGGAUGCAGCAUGGGCAAGCUCACUUCAAAGCCGGCAGGGAUUUCCUGGAUGUCACCACUUCAGCCAAUGACUGUGGACAGUUUACACAGCAUGCGGAUGAAGAUCGCAGCAACAUGCGCUUCAUGUUGUUGAGCCUCCGGAAGAACUACCGCUUGGAGGAGAACUGGUGGGACUAUCCUCGCACGCAGUUCGACGUGCUUUCCAACGGCAAGCCGCCCUAUGGCCUGUCCGGCCCCUUUACCACGGCGGGUCUGCUGGCGUGCCAGACCGAUUUUGAUACCUUCCCCUUCUACCGUUGGUUAGCCGGCGCAUGGACUCCGGGCACACUGCUUCGAGAUGUGGUGAACUCGGGCUUUCCCUUCAUCGACCUCUUCAACAGCUCAUGCCCUGAGGAUGAGGAUUGCAGUGGUCGACAGAACGGCGACCAAGCGGUGGCUUGCCCCAGCUGUGGGGCAAAGGUCGCAACCGGCGCCGCGGCUACACCGCCGGCUGCGCCGCCGGCUGCACCAGUGGGCAGACCGGUGCCGAGUAGCCAUGCCAAGGACCUGGCGCUCUUGGGCCUGUCGCACGAAGCCAGCGUGCCGGAGGUGAAGAGAGCUUACCGAACUAGAGCACUCAUGGUCCACCCCGACAAAGCGGGAGGAAGCAAGGCCACCUUCAUAGAGCUCACCGAUGCCCACGACCGCAUCCUGGAGCGGCUCGCGCCAAAUGCAAACACCUUUGGCGCUCUGGAAGGCGAGCGAGCAACGGUCCUCAGAAGGAUCUUGAACGAUGUCGCCAAGGACGAAUGGAAGGCGCGGCUCCGGAGGGAAAGUGCUGGGACGCUGCGGGCUUUGAAGGCGCAGCUGCUGGGCACAGCUGCCAGUGCCCGUGGCCGAAAGCGAGCAGUGGCGGCUCUAGGCGAUGAUGAGCGCGCAGCCGAUGCACCGACAGCCACCAUCCGCGGCAUUAUGCGGAAGGUGAAGCACGGCCAGAUCCGAUAUCACUUGCGAAUGUCCUCUCAAGGUUUGAUCUUGGAGACAGAGGAGAGCCAGGACCUGGAUGAAGUGCUGGAAGUUCGAUCGGAACUGAUGCUUCUCAAGGGUGCGGCCGGAGCAGCGCGGCGAGAGGCUCGUGGCGACGGCGCUGUUCCGGAAGAAGCCUGGAAGGUCUUUGGACGGUCGUCGGCGCUCUUGUUCUUCACUGCCGAAGCAGGAUGUGGCGUCCGGAAAGUCACCGCCAAGACGUGUGACAUCGACACGGCCAUCGACUUUGGCCAGAGGCUUCGCGCGGCCACGAGGACGUCGGGGAAGGCUGCUGUCUCCCCGGAGCAGAAGCGGCAGAAAGAAGAGCUGUUGGCCCGUCGCCGUUGCGCAGCCUCGACUGAUGCGUCGCUGCAGCUCGUGGCGUUCAUCGAAGCCCUGCAGGCUCCGCCGGUUACACGUCGAUUGAUUGGGAAGCAGCCGCCUCCCCAGCGGCUCGCCAUCACACCGGCCGUGGCGGCCCAGCCAGCCCUGGAGGAUGCACCCCCGCUGCCCGCGCCGAGCCAAGCAGCAGGGCAAGGGCCUGCGGCGCAAGCGUCGAGAGCAAGUGACGCGCGGACAUCUACGGCAGCGCAAGCAUCUGCAGCCACGGCCGAAGCAUCAGCACCAGACACAAAGAGAAGACGAGUGUCAUGGCCAUGGUUUGCCUCACUGCUGGGCUUUAAUUAG